AGUCCACAAAACAAACAAAAUGCAAUAGAAAAUAUCAAGUAAACCUUGUCACUAUGCUUUGCCUUUUUGCCUUCAUAAAGACAUAAUUCCAAUAAUAAAAAAUUAAAGCUCUUUACCUUAGCUUUCCUCCCUCACUCAGACCCCACCAUGGCUAACCUUCUUCCUCUCCUUCUCUUACUAGUCCCCCUAAUUGCCUUAUCUGAAUCGGCAUCUGUGUUUCUCAGCAUCAACUGUGGCGCAUCCGACUCCUUCAAUGAUAGCCACUCCAUCGAAUGGGUGGGCGACGAACGCUACAUAUCAACUGGUGAAAGCCGGGUGGUGCAGAACAUUGACUACGUCUUGGGGAGAACUCUCAGAGUCUUCUCGACUGGAAAAAAGAACUGCUACUCCAUUAAUGAAGUUGAUAAAGGCAGCAAAAUCCUAGUCCUUGCUGGGUUUUACUAUGGAAACUACGAUAAGAGAUCAUCCCCACCGUCAUUCGAUCUUCACUUUGAUGGGAAUUACUGGGACACCGUGACCACAUCAAUGAAUUCCAGCGUUGUCUACGAAGCGAUUUAUGUCACUAAGGGGGACACCAUGAGCGUGUGUGUAGCGCAGACGUCGCCUGAUCAGCUACCCUUUAUAUCAAUUCUCGCAGUGAGGAGCUUGGAUCUGGACAUGUACAAUAAUGUGACCCCGGAUUAUGCAUUGUUUAAUAUAUUUAGGCUUGCUUUCGGCGCAACCAAGUUUGUGAGGUACCCAUAUGAUAAGUAUGAUCGUGUUUGGAUACCAGUCUCAGAAUUCAACGGUUACAACACAGUCCCAAGCGUUGUCUCAUCCAUUGAUACAAACAUCACAAAUAAGCCACCAAGCCCCGUCCUACAGGCUGCGUUGGUAUCCGCAAACCAAUCUGAUUUGAUACUUCUAAGCAUUGCCAAUGUUCAGAAAAAAGUCCCCAUUUACAUCAACGCAUACUUUUCGGAGGUGGUUCGGUUGGAUUCAAACGACAAACGGUCGAUGCAGAUUUCUAUCAACAACAAUACGUAUGGGGAACCAUUUAUUCCACCUUAUAAGCGAGCUCUGGAGCGUACAAUCCUCACCAACCUGACCUCAGAUUCGAACACGUUAAUAGCUCUGGUCCAGACCCCUGACUCCACUCUUCCCCCUAUCAUCAAUGCUCUGGAGUUCUUCAGUGUUAGUGGCGUACUCACCAACGGAACUAAUGGCAAUGAUGUGAAAGCAUUGAGUUCUCUACAACAACAGUUUGAAAAGUUAGAGGAAUGGAGGGGAGACCCAUGUCUUCCAACCAAAUUCAACUGGGAGUGGGUAGCUUGUAGCUCUGAUCCAAUACCCAGAAUCACAGAACUGCACCUGAAUGGGCUGCAGCUUAAUGGAUCGCUUCCAGAUUUUAGAGCUCUGGAUGCCCUUCAGACCAUAGACAUCCACAACAACAGCAUUAACGGAGAAAUACCCGAUUUUCUCGGAACACUUCCCAAGCUAAAACUAUUGAACUUGGCAGAUAAUAAUUUUAGUGGACCUAUACCAUCAUCAAUAUCCAAGAAUAACCAGAUAAAACUAGAUGUUUCUGGCAAUCUGAACUUGUGUGUUUCUGGCAAGAAAUGUGAAACAUCGAAUGCUGGAACUAUCGAGAGUUCCUCAGGAAAGAAGAAGAGUAAAUUACCGGUGAUUCUUGGAACGACGAUUCCAUCUUUCUUGGUAAUAUGUGCUAUUGUGGGAUUCCUGGUGGUCGCUUAUCAGCGGAGAAAAGCCACAGGGUUCGAUGUCAUCAGGAAACCUGGUGGCCCACUUGUAGCAAUAUCAGGAUGAUCAGCCAUGCAAGUGUAUGCUAUAAAUGGUCAAGACUACAACCAAUGAUUUCAGGGUCGAUAUUGUCCAACAGAUGGCAUCAG